AUGUCUGCUCACACCGACGAGCAGUGUUAUAUUCUGGGCGACAUGGAUUCAGAAACGUUUCUGGAGGUCUUCGACACCGUAAAGCUCUCUUCUAUCGCCGACCUGGUGCCUCUCCUGGUUUCAGCGGGAGUGCUCCGUAGCCGUGGUCAGCACCAGACAGAGGAGGAGGUGGCCGCUGCAGGGGAGUCCGCGCUGCGAUGGUUGGCGCGAGCGGGUGGUGCCUUCCUCGUCAGUGCCGCUGUCUAUCCAAUUCCAGCGAGGUCUUUCCUCAAAAUCAUGGAGCAGGUGAACAAUUGUGGCCUCGGCCGGCUACGGCAGCCAAGCCUGGUCAAGGUAGGCAGCUGGCUUACGCAGCUUUCUCGACGUCUGGGUUCCUUGGAGACAUUUGUGGAUAUGGUCGGGAAAACGGACCUGAUAAGCGUCGUCUCGUGCUUGAACUUCACCCGCCUGGCGAAUCCAGAGCGCGAGGUGCUGGAAGAUACGGUUACCGAUGCGGUCUCUUCGACAGUUGGAGCCAUCGAGACAGGAUCCAGUGUGGGUGGGGCAAGCGAAGCUCUGGUUUGCAUCUUGCCUGGGCCAGCUACGAUAGAACAAGCCGCUCCGAUCCAACACAUGCUCCAGGAGCUGCUACAGAUUGCCAAAGGAACUGGACUGGAAGGGAUCAUCAGGUUAAUGCAUCUUUUCCACAAGGCAGACAGUUUGGAACGACUGGAGCGAGGUGUGGAAUUUCUUGGUGCUGCCAGGCUUCUGAAGCCCAAGAGCGAAGUGCCAGCACCACUCGAGAGCGAUGUGCCGGACCUGGAGAGUCUGGAAGGCCAGCUGCCUGCGGCUCCCGAGGCUGAGCCCGUGAACUUGGACCCGGAGUUCGAGCCCUGGGAGAACUUGGUUUCGUUGGCGAACAGCUUCGGAGGACCAGACAACAUAUGCCAACGCGUAGAGGCAACCAACAUCAAGCACUUCGAGGAGUGUCUCGACGUUCUCCACGAAGCAGGACUUACACAAAAGUCAUUUAAGCUGGAGGAUGGAGGGCCAUCAGAAGCCCAAAUCGAGACCUGGAAGAAGGUGAUUGCUUUGCUUUCCGCAAACGGCGGCCCGCGUUUGUUUCUUGACAGUUUGGAAGGAGUCGCUGCCAAGGACUUCCUUCACAUGGUCGGCCUCUUGCGACGAGCUGGGCUCGCACGCCCUCUGGAUGGCAUGGAUGGCACCGAAGAGUCGCCGCGCUUCUGCUUUGGCCAUGGAGAGGAUGCAGGCCGCAUUCGCAACGCCAUGCUGCACGAGUUUGUAGAGCGAGUGGUGCAGGCGGGUGGCUUCCAUGCGUUCUGGCACGCGCUCAAGGGGGUGGAUCUCGCAAAGCUCAAGGGGGACUUGCAUUGUUUGGGUGUGAUACGGCGCAAGCUCAACGAGCUUACUUCGAAGGACUGGUGGCUGGCGGUUCACGACGCAGAGAAGCUGGAGGAUUUGUUGCACUCGCAUCUGGAAGAAAGGAAGCGCCGAGGAGACGAUCUUACACUCAGGCAGCGCCAGCGUCUCGUGAAGCGCUUCAAGGAGGUUGGAGGGGUCGAGAACUUCCUCGACAAAUUCGAGAAAAUCAACCUGUCUCAACUUCUUCGACAACACGAGGCCUUGGAGAAGGCACGCAUUAAGCGAGUGUCUGUCAUCGAAGCCCUGGCAGAGAUCGGAUGGCUGGUGAAGCACGAGGUUGAACACCUGGAAGGGCUCUACACAGUUGCGCAAACCUUGGUGCGCUGGAGCGACAGGCACUACAGAGGUGCAGAGCCUUCUCGGCUGUGGAGGGUGCUCGCGGAUCAAGUGGCUUGGCUGCUUUCUGCGAUUGAAGAGAACGGCACUCUGCUUAAGGCCACCAUCAAUCAAGGCAGCAAGAAUCCUGCGAAGGAGCCUGAAUUGACGCCAGCUCGCCUCGCGCAAUUUCUGCAAGCCUUGCGGCCCAUGGGUGGUGUCACUGGCUUCCUGACGGCCUUUCGCGGCCUGGAUUUCGCCACCGCCGCAAUCCAGGCGAGGAUCCUACAUGACUCUUGCGUCCGCAGUUCAGAGAUCACGCGGCGAUUGUCCGGCAUUUACCGGCUGUUGCACUACAACCCCGCCCACCUCCGUGGCUUGGAACAUUUCCUGCGUGGCUUCGCUGGGCCAGUUCUUGCCGAGGCUCAAGCGCAGGGCGGCUCCGCACAGGAUCGCCUGCGUGCUGCCGAACGCUGGCAGCGCCUGACUUCUUUUCUUGCUAUGGCAGCGGGCCGUACGAGUGGAGGCACGGAGGAGUCCGGCCAAUGCUGUUCGGGACCUGAGAGGGCACUGGAGGUGUUGCAGUUGGGGCUGCAACUGAGUCAAGCUGUCGGGCUCAAGGUAGCAGCACAGGCUGGGAAGGAACCUAUCUACAUGCGGGCUUCCAUCUACGACUCCUCUGGUGCCGUUGCAGAAGUGGACAAGGUGCCCCUCACAGCUAACAAUGCUGGGCAGACGCUUCUGAGAAGCACGUCCAUGACCCAUCUCUGA